ACAACUUCCGUCAUUUUUUAGGUGGUCUUGAUAUAAAAAGCCAUCUUUCUUUUUCUUUCUUUUAUUUUCUCUUCUUUCUUCAAUCAAUUGUAUAAUAAGAAAUGAAGUUCUCUGUUGCUGCCAUUCUCGCCCUUGCUGUCUCUGCUGUCUCUGCUCAAACAAACAUCGUCAGUGUCACCUCUCCCCUUACUGGUACUGUCUACACUGCUGGUAAACCUGCUAUCAUUUCUUGGAUUAAUCCUCAAGUUUCUUCCAUCUCCAAAAUCGUCCUGGCUCAAGGUGAAUCUACCAACCUUCAGCCCGUUAGUACCAUUGCUGAAAAUGUUGAUGCUUCUUCUGGCUCUUACACCUGGAACGUCCCUUCUGAUAUCACUCCUGGCAACAAUUAUGCCUUGGAAUUAGGUACUUCCCCCAAUAUCUCUUACACUGGUAUGUUCACUAUUCAAGCUGGUGAUGGUUCUUCUGCAUCUUCUGCCUCUGCCUCAUCCUCUGCCAGCAACACCAUUGCUAACGGUGCUGCCUCUGCCUCUGUCGUCUCUUCUGCUUCAUCUGCUGCUGCCUCUGUCACCUCUGUUGCUGCCUCUGCUACUUCUGCUGCUGCCUCUGCUUCUCGAUCUGCUGCUUCCUCUGCUUCUUCCGCUGUUGCUUCCGUUGCCUCUUCUGCUUCAUCCUCUGCUGCCGCUGCUGCUACCUCUGCUCAAUCUGCCGGCUUCAAGGUGACUGCCAGUAAGGCCAUCGCUGGUGCUGCCGCCGCUAUCGUUGCUGCUGUUGUUAUGUAAAUGCUCUCCUCUUUAUUUUUUUUUACCCACAUUUUAUUUCUAAUUAUUGUAAUAUCAUUUUUUUUAAUUGGCUACAAAAAAUCAUUUCAUAUUGGUCAAGUUUUAAAAUAAAAUUCAUUAAUCGCUUAAAACUAUUUUCCCCUUUUAUUUAAUCUAAAAACGCACAGACAACAUAAUUACUCUUGUCGCUGUUUAAAAAUCAAUGGGCUUUCACUUGACAGAUCCAUUGUUGCACUAGGUGCAACCAAAAGGGAAUACCAAAUGAAAGAUGCACAAUGGUACUUUUAUGCCAAGAUUUUUUUUAUUGUUUUUUUU